CCACCGCCAGCGUCCCUUAGCGUGCGCGGCAUGCUGCGACACGAUACGCGAAGCUUCACAAGCUACCAUUCCCAGCAUUGAGCCUGCUCAGGCCGCCCCUUGCCCACCGACUACCUGCCGCCCUCGCAUUGGCAAGCUGACCGCGAGUCGACACCACAAUGGCCCGAGGAAACGACAUGGGCAAGCUGCUGUCCGCCGGCGGUGCUGCGGCAGCGCUUGGAGGUGCCUACAAGCUUGGAGAGUUCCUGUACAAGGCGAAGCGUCUGCGCGACGUCGGCCCCGCGAACGCUGUCUACGUCCGCUUGAUUGGCCGUGUCCGAUCGGAUCUCGAUGAAGUGCGCCGCCUACUCGCCGUCAAAGAAGUCCACGACGCGCUCGAGGCGAACCCGGAGAAGGCCAAGUGGGUGUACGGUUGCAUGCGCGAUGUGCGCGGCGCCCUGGAGAACAUCACGCCGCACACGGAGCGCGUGGGAGCCGACAUCGAGGAGGGCCGUCGCGUUGGACUGCGCCACCGCGUGUACUGGCUGCUCAGCGAGAAGGAGAAGCUCGAGAACAGGGAGAAGGAGGUUUCGGUUGCACACGCCAGUUUGACCGAAGUCAUCGGCUACCUCACGGGGCUGGAACCGGAGGGCACCAAGAAAUCCCACGACAAGCACGGCAAGCACGAGAAGCACGACCGCCACGACCGCCACGACGCGCACCACGAUGUGCAUGUGGACAAGCACGUGGAUAUCGACAUCGAUGUGAGGCACGAGGGUCCGCACAGGCACGAGAGGGAGGUCUGGGUCGAGCGUGACGACCGUGGCCCGAGGAGGGUCAUCGAGGAGCGUGAGGAGUGGAUCGAGCGCGACACUAUCCGCCGUGGGCCUCGCAGAGUCGAGGAGCACAUUGUCGAGCAUGAGCACCGCGGCCCCGGCCACUACGACGUGCGCGAGACGUUGGUCGACGAGCAUGGCCGCCCCAGCCGCUACGACGAGCGCGAAGUCUACGUCGAGCAAGGUCGGGAUCCCCGUCACGAGUCUCACUACGCGGCCUACCACCAGGAUCACCGACACGACGACCGCCGCGUCGAGCGUGGCCUGCAUGUUGAGCGCGAUCCCCGCGACCCGCGCCACGUAGAGGCGCGCUACUACGAGCGCGGCCCCGACCGGUAUGAAGAGAAGCGUUACGAGGAGCGCCGCUUCAGCGAGCCGCUGGGGCGCCGCCCGGAGUCCUUCGAGGACCGCCUCCCCGAGCGCGACACCUGGAUGCAGAGCGAGAGCCGCCGGCCUGCGCCCGGCCAGUACAGCCGCUACAACGACUACGCUGAGUACGGGGCGCCGCAGCCCAGCGGCGCAGCGAACUACCGACUGCCGCCGAACCCGGAGUAUGAGCGCGAGGUCUGGGUCGAGGAGAAGGAGGACUAUCGCUAUGACGAGUACGGCAAUAGACUGCCCGACCGCUACUUCCCCAACCUGCCCCGCAACCGCCUGUAAAUGAAGUAGGAACGCAAAAUUGUCUUUGGCGGAAGCAUUGUCUAUGUUUCUCGUGCUUAUAUUGGAUUUCGCGUAUGUAGCAGCGAGGCUUCCCCAGCCCUGUUUCCAUGUAGUUAUCGACCCUUUCACCUGUC